AUGAGCAGCUUCCAAGCGCACGUGGAGAAGCUUGCGCGGGCGGCGGAGACCGUCUCUGCCGAUGCCGAGCAGGCCUCCCCGACUGUCGCGAUCCCGCUGCGCGAGGCCGCCCAGUCGCUGCCGCCACAUAUCAUUGCCGCGACAGACCCCGUCAAGCUGAACAAGCAAGCCUCGAUUUUCCGCUGCCCUGCAUGGGCGGGUCUGCCGUCGCGGCCUUUUCAUCUUCACUGUGUGCGAGGCAAGGUGCCGUAUCCCGCCCUUGGCCUGCAGAGGUUUCCGUACUACCUCUUUGGCAAGAACCCGGUGUGCGACUACGUGCUGGAGCACCCCUCCAUCAGCUUCGUGCACGCCGCGCUUAUCUUCAACAAGGAGCACGUCUGCUUCGUGCUGCUUGACCUGGGCUCCACCAACGGGGUGCGACUCGAAGGGAGGCGUGUGGAGCCGCGCAAGCCCAUCCCUAUUGCGGUCGGGUCGGUACUGCAGUUUGGCUACAGCACGCGCACCUACGAGCUCCGCGCGGGGGCGCCGCCGCAGCUGAAGCGCCUUCGCGAGGACGGCGCCGAAGAUACGGCGGCGCAGCGGCAUGGGUUGGGGUUGGCGUCGACGGACAGCAGAGUCUGUGAAGCAGACAAGGUGUCGCUCUCUGCUGCUGUCGCCGGCACUGCCACCUGCCCGGCGACAGUCCCAAGCGCCGUGGCUGCCUCGGCCACCAGCGCCGCUGCCCCUGUGUGCGCGCCACCCGAAGGACAGGUGGCGAGCGAGCCAAGAGCAUCCUCGGCGACUGCAGAGACUGCCACUUCCAGUGCCCACGACGCUGUCACCAGCGCUGCUGGAUGGAUGGCGGAGCCUGCGGCGACGGCUGUCAUGCAGACUACUGCGGAUGCAACCGGCGGCUCGCCAGCAGCUGUGGCCGCUUCUGCAUUGGCGGAGUACGCCCCCAUUCAUCUCUUCCAGCUCGUCAUCAAGCACAAGGAUGUGGAGAACCCUGUCUCGCGCGGCCGCAAUAAGGGCGAGAUCAUCACCCGCUCUCGCGCCGACGCGCUCGAUAUGGCGCGUUACAUUCUGGCCGACCAUCAGCGGCGAGUGCCAGUCGCUGCGGCGCUUGGCUUCUCGCCGUGGACUCCCGAGGAGUUCGUUGCCGCUGUCGACGAGUACUGUGAGGUGUCAGCGAAGAAGAAGCGCGGCGAUCUAGGAGUGGUCGAGAAGGGCACCUUCGCGGACGAGAUCGACGAGGCGGCGUUUAGGCUGCGCCGCGGCGAGGUGAGUGCCCCAGUGGAGACGCAGCUCGGUGUCCACCUUUUGUAUCGCUGCGACUGA